UUCUCAUUUAAUAAUAAAUAAUCCUAAUGAUAAUGGAGUAUUGUUUUUCUUUUUAGUCUUGGUGGCUGGGGAAGUUGGUCGUUGUUGUCUUGUUUCUUUCGUGAGAUUGAGUCCAAAUGGAGGAAAAGUAUGAGAUAUUGGAGGACAUUGGUUCAGGGAACUUCGGAGUGGCCAAGUUGGCCAAACACAAGGACACAGGGGAACGUGUUGCUGUGAAGUACAUUGAGAGAGGAAACAAGAUUGAUGAGUGCGUGCAAAGGGAGAUACUCAACCACCGGUCGUUAAAGCAUCCACAUAUUAUAGGGUUCAAAGAGGUAUUUCUGACCCCUACUCAUUUAGCUAUUGUCCUAGAGUAUGCUGCUGGUGGUGAACUCUUCGACAGGAUAUGCACCGCUGGUCGGUUGAGUGAAGAUGAGGCAAGAUAUUUCUUCCAGCAACUACUAUCUGGAGUUAGCUACUGUCAUUCCAUGCAAAUUUGCCAUAGAGAUUUGAAAUUGGAAAACACUCUAUUGGAUGGGAGUCCAGCUCCUAGAGUUAAAAUUUGUGACUUUGGUUUCUCCAAGUCUGCUUUAUUGCACUCUCAACCUAAAUCAGCAGUAGGAACUCCAGCAUACGUUGCUCCAGAGGUUUUGUCACGAAAGGAGUAUGAUGGAAAGAUUGCAGAUGUUUGGUCAUGUGGUGUGACUCUUUAUGUCAUGUUAGUUGGAUCAUACCCAUUUGAUGAUCCAGAAGAUCCUACAGAUUUCAGCAAGAGUAUUGCGAGAAUAAAGAGUGUUCAGUACUCCAUACCUGACCAUAUACACAUUUCUACAGAGUGUAGGAAUCUAAUCUCUCGUAUUUUUGUUGCAAAUCCUGCCAAUCGAAUCAGCAUCUCAGAGAUAAAACAGCUCCCAUGGUUUCGGAAGAAAUUGCCUAGAGAGAUAAUUGAGGCUGAUAGAAAAAGUGGUGAGAAAGCAGAAAAGGAGCAACCAAGCCAAUAUGUGGAAGAAAUCAUGCGGAUCGUACAAGAGGCAAGGACACCAGGACCUGGAAGCGAAGAUAGUGAGGAGGAAGCUUGGACAGGCUCAUCUGAUGCUGUGGAUGUUGAUUUCUUCAGCAAGUUUGUAUGAUCCUAGGCUAUAAAUUAUUUGUGGGUAUUGAUAACAAAAACCUUAUGCAUUCGUCACCUUUUGCACACUUGAAACAAAUUAAGUUAAGCAUAGUUUGAACAAGUUUUAUUUAAGAGUCAAGUAAAGUUUGUGCUAUUUAUUAAAGUCAAAUUAAAGCUUCACUAAUU